ACUUGACGGAGCUCCUGCGAAGGACGAGUGCGGUUGAAGAUCCCAAGUGGACAACACACACAAAUCUGUCCUGCGAGUGUGAGCUCUCUGAAGUCACAUAGGCCUACUGCAAUUCGAGAAACAAUUUAAUCUCUGCGAAGUAUUUUGGGCGCAUCCAGCUGAUGCAGUGCAGGCCCAUACGGGACUGGGGAUUGAGAUUAACCAAGGAAUAUAACAGAUCGACUCGUCUUCUUCUUGUGCCCGUACAGGACAGAUACGUUCUUGACAACAAUCCUCUAUACCUUCGGCAGUUCUGUUCGGCUCGACAGAUAAAACGCCCGAGGGCGGACCCCAACCGCCGAUUCGUACUAUUGAACACCGGCCUCCCGAAUCCAUUGACCACCAACUUCCGACUGCCGUCCCGCCAUGAAGACGCUAGACGAAACUUACUACGUCCAGGCGCUGGAGGCGUUCAUCGAGCGAUGCGACCAGGAGCAAGUGACCUUAGCCUGGAUCCGGGCCAAGAUGCCGUCCUUGCUCAAGGCCGUCCGGUGGCCCGUCAGCACGGCCGAGGUGGUCAGCGUCGUCGGGGUCGGCUCCGGGAAAGGCAUAAUGGACGUGGACGUACUCAAACUGGUGCAACAAGAGUGCCCUGAGAAUCCCCUUCACUGUAUCGGAAUCGAGCCCAAUCCGGACGAGCUGGCGCGGUACAAGAAGACAGCGGCCGGGGAGAAAGACUUUGCCCUGGGAAGCACCACCUUCGAGUGGCACGAAAAAAUCUCAGAAGAAUUUGAGAGUUUGUUACCAAGUCGACCUGACAGCCGAUAUCACGUGAUCCACAUGUUCCAGAUGCUGUAUCACGUGCGUGACAUGGAGGAGACCAUUCAGAAUUACUACAACAAGCUGACAGAGGGCGGUCUUAUGGUCAUCACCAUUGCUUCCAAAGACGGAAACGACCUCUUGAAGGCAUUCGACGACUACGAGUCCACCAUCCCAAACCUCCACGACCUUCCCGCGCAGAACAUGAAGCGGUACAGCGACGACGUCUUGCCGAUCCUGCGUCGCAUGGCUAUCCUCCACCAUUCGGAGACAGUGUCUUAUCAGGUGGAUGUCUCCGAGUGUUUUGUGGACGGCUCACUGGCUGGCAAGAUGCUCCUGGAUUUCAUCUGCCUGACCAACGCCACCUGCGUCUAUCAGAGCCUGGCCGAGAGCGACCGGUCCGCCCUGCUGAACAGCAUGAGCAAGUACUGCAAGGCUGGCAUCGGGGAGGACGACAGAGGGCGCCGUAUGCUCACCCUGACCUUUGACUGUAUCACCUUCUACAAGGGCAAGCAUGCGCAGUCGGUUUGUAAUGGCGUGGCGUAGAGGUGGGGUCUAACUUUGUCCGGGGUGAAAAACAUUUCACCAGCAAAAACAAUAUGGUUUUACUCUUCCAUUCUGAUACAACUGCCUGACAAAAAUACUAUGUGAUCGAAAUGCUGUUUAUUUUGAAAGGGUAUGCAUAGGCCUAUACAAAGGUGCAGGGACGGACAUAGGAUUUGGGAAGGGGAAGCGGCAUCCAAACUUUAGUGUUUCUACCCCUAUCGAGUAUAUAUAAGUGUAAGAUGUUUAAAACUAUAUUUCUGAAUUCUUGAUGUCGUUUUCUAGAUUGUACCUCAAAGCCUCCAUUUUUAAACUUGUUGAGGACUACUGUAUGGUGAAAAUGAAGAUAUUUUAUAUUUUGAACCACAUGCCGCCAAUUUAUUAACAGAAUAUAUUGGGUUGUUGUGAGGGAAAUUAUUAGUGAGCAAUCGAGUCGCGUUGACCCACAGUAUGGGCCUUAUGCACUCUAGUUGGCCAUUUUUGUCGAGUUCCCUGAAUGUAUUUCAUUAAUUGUUAACUGUUG